AUGGACGAAAGCGCGCUGAAUCCAGCCAUGAUGGCAUUGGUGGUUGCAACCGCGGGAAUAAUGUUUCCUGCUAUUUGCUUGAUCUCAAACUUGGUCUUGAGCGGGAUAUGGAACACAUGCGACCGCAAGUUGGCCGCAGAAACAACAAAAUCCAGCGUGUCCUCGUCGUCCUUGUCGAAGUCGACUGGACCUGUUUUCAGACGCUGGGCGAUCUUGUGCGUGGAAUCAACAAAGACAGCAACAUUUUCGGCAGCCGUCCAGAGUCUUUGUCCAUCAAACGUUUGUGCUUUAGUUUCUUCAAACUCCAAUGGAGUCGGUUUCUCUCUGGUCGUCCACAGAGUCUCGAUCAGAAGCAACCGUUCAAUGUCGUCCUUGAAGAUCUUGGCAAUGAUCUUAUACACAUAG